AUGUCAACACGAGCCAGGCGGACAGCGCGAGCUGCCAAGGCCAGGAAAAUCCUUUACAGGGAGGAUGGCCGCAAGAAUUUGAUGCGCGGCAUUGAGAAGCUUGCGGAGACGGUGGCAGUCACCCUUGGCCCAAGAGGGCGGAAUGUUUUGUUGGACAAGGGUGAGUUCUCCGCUCCGCAGAUUGUCAACGACGGCGUCACCAUUGCUAAAGAGAUUGAGCUGGAGGACCAGGUUGAGAAUACCGGCGUCCAGUUGAUCAGGCAGGCGUCAGCGAAGACAAAUGACGUGGCAGGGGAUGGUACCACGACUGCGACCAUCCUCGCGCAUGCAAUGGUGAAAAGUGGGAUGAAGCAGCUUGUCGGCGGAGCUAAUCCCGUGCAGAUCAAAUCUGGCAUGGAGAAGGCGGCAGCAUUUAUUGUCGAUCAAAUCAAGGACAUGGCUGCACCAGUGAGCGACAAAGACAUGGACAAGAUUGAACAGGUGGGAGCCAUCUCCGCUGGCGGGGAUGAUGAGGCUGGGAAGAUGAUCGCAGAUGCCAUGGCCAAGGUUGGUGGCAGCGGAGUAAUCUCACUGGAGGAGUCGCAGUCCACAGACACCGAAGUGGAGCUCACGGAGGGUAUGAACUUGGAUAAGGGAUACCUCUCCCCGUACCUGUGUCUUGACGCGUCCAACCCGACAAGCCGUACCUGGGAAGCGAAUGCACCUUUGGUGCUUGUCACUGACCAGAAAAUCUCCAUGGCCCAACAGGAGCUCAUCCCUAUUUUGACGAUUGCAAAGCAGAUGUCGAAGCCGCUCCUCAUCGUUGCAGACACAAUAGAGAAAGAGGUACUGGCGACGCUCAUUGUAAACAAGAUUCGAGGCAUUGUCGACUGCUGUGCGAUCCAAGCACCUGGUUUCGGUGACAACCGCAAGGCCAUCCUGCAGGACAUUGCCCUCGUAACCAGUGCCACGUACAUCACGGAGGACCUUGGCCGCAAGCUGGAGUCUGUCACUGCUGUGGACUUCGGUUCGGCCCGCAGAAUUUCCGUUGGUAAGGACUCAACCACAGUUGUGGCUGACGCUCCCAAAGAGGCCUUGGAGGAGCGCUGUGAGCAGCUCCGGAGGCAAAUCGAGGAGACAAAGAGCAGCUACACGAAAGAGCAGCUCGAGAAGCGCCUUGCAAAGUUGGUGGGUGGCGUGGCCCUGAUCAAGGUUGGAGCGACCACAGAGACAGAGUUGAAGGACAAAAAGCUGCGAUUAGAGGACGCGAUUAAUGCCACGAAGGCCGCAGUCGACGAGGGGAUUGUGCCUGGAGGGGGUGCGGCUCUGUGCCACCUUUCUGAGGCAGUGCGAAAAUGGGCUCCAGAGAACCUCGCUGAGGAUGAGCUGAAGGGUGCCCUUAUCGUGGCUGACUCCAUGAGCGCCCCGCUGAAGCGCAUUGCGGCGAAUGCUGGCCAAAAUGGCGAGCUGGUAGCGGAGAAGGUUGCAGAUACCACAGACACCAAGCAAGGCUUUGAUGCACUGCUGUUAGAAUAUGCCGACAUGCUCGAGCGGGGCAUUAUCGAUCCCGCGAAGGUGACGCGAUCUGCCCUGCAGAAUGCAACAUCAAUUGCAUCCAUGAUUUUGACUACCGAGUGCGUGGUGGUCGAUGCCAACAGCAAGGAUGACGACGACGAUGAUGGUGAGGAGGAUUUUGACGAUUACUGA